AGUUUCCGACCGUAUCCCGUCGGCUCAUAGUCACAGAUUAAAAAUGUCGCAAGUACAGCAAUUUUAUGCUGGACAAAACGUUUUUAUUACCGGGGGAACUGGGUUUUUGGGCAAAGUGUUGACGGAAAAAUUGCUCCGAAGUUGUCGAGACAUCGGGAUCAUCUACAUUCUACUUCGCCCGAAAAAGGGUAAAGGUAGUCAGGAACGCGUAGAUGUUUUUCUCGGUGAUACGGUAUUCGAUGUGUUACGGAACGACUAUCCAGAAUUUGCAAAGAAGAUUGUCGGAGUCGAAGGUGAUGCUGCCAAGACCAAACUUGGACUUUCGGAAACAGACUACGCACACCUCGUCGAAGAGGUUUCGGUGAUCUUUCAUCUCGCCGCCAGCGUGCGUUUCACCGAAACACUUGAGUCGGCUGUUGCAAUUAACGUGAAGAGCGUCAAACACGUCAUCGACCUUGCAAGGGCGUGCAAGAACUUCAAGGCUGGGAUUCACGUGUCUACUGCGUUUAGUCACUGCGUCCGAAAGUCCAUUAAUGAAGAGCUGUACCCUCCACCUAUGAGCUACGAAGAGAUCAACAUGACAGUAGAAAAGUUCAGGAGAAUCGAGCGGUCGGAGGACGUGAUGAAGUACGUCUCAAAACCAAUUUUAGGAGAAUGGCCGAACACAUAUUCCUUCACCAAAGCCAUCGCCGAGGGCGUCGUCGCUGAGUACGCCAGUGACUUACCGUUUGCUAUCUUCAGACCGUCAAUUGUGACGAGUGCCUACAAAAGUCCCAUUCCAGGAUGGAUGUCAAGUCCGAUGGGACUUCCGGGAAUAUUGUAUGCCUUAGGCUUGGGCAUCAUUCACGUCGUUAAAAUUGAUAGCAGUCUCAGGCUUGACAUAGUCCCGGUUGAUUAUGUUUGUAAUGCACUUAUUACUUUGCCUUGGAAGACCGCAAAGACAGAAAAAAGAAACUGUGAGGACGUUCCGGUGUAUAAUUACGUUUCUACAAAUGAAAAUCCUAUAAUUUGGCAAGACUUCAAUGAUAAAAGCAGAGUUUUUGGAAGGAAAUAUCCCUCAGAGAAGUCUAUUUACUACCCCUGGGGAUUCGCUACAAAAUCAAGACUUCUUUACAGGAUCUCCAAUUUUUUUUUUAAUUCGAUCCAAGCACUGAUUAUUGACGUCGUUCUUAGAUUGAUGGGAAAAGAGCCACAAUUGUAUAAAAUUACGAAUAAAAUUCGAGAAGCUUUUGACGUACUGGAGUAUUUCACGACACAAGAGUGGGAUUUCGACAAUCAGAAAAUUCAGGAUCUCUGGACCCAGCUUGGGCCCGAAGACAGGAAAACAUUUCCAUUUAGUAUACAAGCCCUUGAUUGGGAUGAAUAUUUUACAAACAUUCUCGUAGGUAUUCGCAAGUACAUCGCAGGUGACACCGAUGGAAACGAGGAUAGAGCGAGACGGCGACACUUUUAUCUUUUUAUCAUCCAUCUGGCCGUGUGUCUGAUAUUUGGUACCAUUAUUUUGUGGGUGAUCUGGAGGUCCUUCCAUGGAAUCUGCUCAACGUUUGGGCUGACCACGGUUACUCCUUGAUAGUUUUGAUCAAGCGAUAUAGAUGAGCAAAUUAUCAGCUCCAUGUUUAAUGUGAAGUGGUUUUUAAA